GCUGCGCCGGGCUCGUGGCCGAGACCAGACGUGGUGAGCGCUGCUUGUGUCGGUUUACUUAUAUCUGCCGGGGACACUCAAUCCAUCCGGCGGCUAGCCCCGAGCAUACUUGCGUAUUUAGUCAUUGGCAUUGGUGCAGUGUGAGGGCCUCCGACAUACUCUCGGCGUACAGCGAAUCCAUUGCAGGAAGACGAGGUUGUCUCAUCGACACCAGAAAACUCCCCCAAGCUGCGGCGUACACGACAAUCAGCCGUUUCAAGCACAAUACGCAACUUCAGAUCGUCAAAGGACAACAGCCAUAACAACAAGGACAACAGGUGUCACAUCUGGGACACUCGAGCCAUGGCGCACCCACAAGACGCCGCCCACAAGGAGUCCAUCUCGGACCCAGAGACCUUCUGGGCCCGGCAGGCCGAGCAUCUACACUGGCACAAGAAGCCCGACUCGGUCUUGAAGCGCACAACAAAGACCGUGCGAGGCUCGUCCUCGGGCGAGCAGACGCACCCGCACUGGGAGUGGUUCUCGGGCGGCCAGAUCUCGACCUGCUACAACUGCGUCGACCGCCACGUGCUCGCCGGCAAUGGCGACCAGACAGCCAUCAUCUGGGACAGCCCCGUCACGGGAAGCAAGCAGACUUUUACCUACGCGCAGCUGCUCGACGAGGUCGAGGUCACCGCUGGCGCGCUGCGCGAGGAGGGCGUCCAGAAGGGCGAUGUCGUGCUCGUAUACAUGCCCAUGAUCCCACAAGCCCUGAUCGGCAUCCUUGCCGUCUCGCGCCUGGGCGCCAUCCACGCCGUCGUGUUCGGCGGCUUCGGCGCCGAGUCGCUCGCCCAGCGCAUCGAGGCGUCGCGGGCCUCUGCCAUCCUCACGGCGUCGUGCGGCAUCGACGGCGGCAAGCCGCCAAUGAGCUACACCCCUUUCAUCCGCGACGCCAUCGACAUAUCCUCGCACAAGCCGCGCAAGGUGUUUGUCUGGCAGCGCGACCAGCUCCGGUGGGACCCAAUCGACACCAGCAGGGGCGAGGUCAACUGGUUCAAAAAGGUCCGCAGCUGUCGGGCGAGGGGGAUCCGGGCGGCCGCGGUGCCCGUGGACGCGAACGACGGGCUGUACAUCAUCUACACGAGCGGUACGACGGGGAACCCAAAGGGCGUGGUGAGAGAUGCUGGCGGCCAUGCUGUCGGGCUGGACUUGUCCAUCCGGUACAAGUUUGAUGUCCAUGGGCCUGGGGACGUCAUGUUCUGUGCGAGUGAUAUCGGAUGGGUGGUGGGACACUCGUACAUCCUCUACGCACCACUCCUGGCCGGUGCCGCCACUGUUCUUUUCGAGGGCAAACCUGUCGGUACGCCCGACAGCUCGACCUUCUGGCGGAUUGUCAAUGACUACAAGGUCACCACCCUGUCCACAGCGCCUACCGCCCUCCGUGCGAUCAAGCGCGACGACCCAGAAAACACCAAGCUCAAGCACUACGGCGAGAAGGGUGGCCUCAAGAGCCUGCGGGCCCUGUUCCUCGCGGGCGAGCGGUCGGAGCCGUCCAUCGUGACCAUGUACCAGGACCUGCUCAAAAAGUACGCCGCCGACGGGGCCAUGGUCGUGGACAACUGGUGGUCGUCCGAGUCCGGGUCGCCCAUCUCGGGGAUCAGCCUUGCCGCGCACGCCGCGCACGAGCGCCACAAAGGAGGAAGAGACGAGAUGAAGAAGAAGGAGAAGAGGAAGAAGCCUGAGCCGCUGUGCAUCAAGCCCGGGAGUGCGGGCAAGGCGGCGCCCGGGUUCGACGUGCGGUGCGUCGAUGACGAAGGCAACGAAGUCAAGAGGGGCAAGAUGGGCAACAUUGUGCUGGGCUUGCCGCUCGCGCCGACGGGGUUUCGCUCGUUGUGGGACGAUGACCAGAGGUUCUACAAGUCGUACCUCAAGAGGUUUGAGGGCAAAUGGAUCGACACCGGUGAUGCCGGCAUGAUCGACCAAGAUGGCUACAUCUCCAUCAUGAGCCGCAGUGACGACUUGAUCAACACUGCUGGCCAUCGAUUAUCAACAGGCUCCAUCGAGCAGGCCAUAACAAGCCACCCGUCCGUGGCCGAGGCCUGCGUGGUCGGCAUCCCGGACUCUCUCAAGGGACAGCUGCCCUUUGCCUUUGUCACCCUCUCCCUGCCCGAGCACCCGGAGGGCGCCCUGCCGGACUCUGAGCUCGCAGACGCCAUCCAGAAGCGCGUGCGGAAGCAGAUUGGCGGCAUCGCCACGCUCGGCGGCAUCGUCCAGGGCAAGGGGAUGAUCCCCAAGACGCGCUCCGGCAAGACCCUGCGCCGCGUGCUGCGCGAGCUCGUGGAGAACGCGGUGCACGGGGACUUUGACAAGGAGAUUGCCGUCCCGGCGACGGUCGAGGACAAGGCCGUCGUCGACGUCGCGAGGAGGCAGAUCAGAGAGUACUUCAAGGAGAAGGGGGACAAGCACGGGGCUAUCGAGGUACGGGCGAAGUUGUAGUCGUCACGAGGACAGAGGGUGUUGCUGGGUUUGUCUAUUGAUCUGUCGCUCACCAGCUGGCUUUUUGUUUGAACCCUGACAUCUUGGAUUUGGAAAGCGAACUUGUCUUGCCCGAGUAGGGUCUUUUUCUCAGUUUGAUAUCACGUUUCCCUUUCACGAUUCUAUACCGCUAGUGGGUAUUAUCUAAGGACAAUGACUCUAAGUCUUACCUGUAGUAUAUUAAUGUUACAGGCUCAUGAUACCUUGA